AUGAACACGUCGCCAAGGUUACGAGGUCAGCGUCGAUCGGACUAUGCUGCGUAUGCAGGUCGUCGACGACAGCCUGCAUCGUCGUUGUCGUGCGCGGUUGGCGCUGAACUGAAAGCCGCUGCUCAUGCAGAGCCUGUCUCUCCAGGUAACGAGAUACCGCGCACCACUGGCGAGGGUGAACGUACCGGUACGGCCGUGCAAGGUCCGACAACUUCUCGGAUUGAUGCACUUCUAACGAAGCAGGCGCUUUCGGACGAGUUACUGAUGUCAAAGCUUAGCGACCGUCUGCGGGAACUGGCACGGAGAGCUGCAGCCUCUCGUGACGAGCACCUUCGUCAGGCGCAGCUCUUGCAAACGCGAGCUGAACGUGAACAGAAACGAAAGCUAGUGCGCAGCCACGGUGAUGUGAGGCCCCUGAAACGAGACGCAGCUGGUUCGAGCGUGCUGCACACAACAGCACCACGGGGAACCGGCGAGCAGGCAAGCCCGCCUCGCUCCACGUUCCGGGACGCUGGCUCCAUGGACUGGAAGUCGAGCGCGGAGGAGCCAGCCCGACUGACUCUAGACGAGCAGGUUUUGCAACAUUUAACAAAAGGUCAUGAAUCGGGAGGAACCUCCACGUCUGCGGCUUUAGAGAAGCGCUGUCAGGCGUCCAUCGAGGCCCUCGAUACCACUGUUCUGGGUUUUUCUGAUGCUGAUGCUGCGUCGCAGCGCCUAGCGGAGGACCGCAUACUGCGUGAAGCCACCGAAAUCCAACAGCGCAACCUGGAGCUUGCGAAAGCGCGCCUGCCGAAGCAACCGGAACCGCCGCGCUCGAAGACACACCACGACUAUCUCUGUGAGGCGAUGAUCUGGCUAGCCACUGAUUAUCGAGAGCGCUUCAAGUGGCACGCUGCUUUUCGAGCACGACUCGCUCGCGCUAUCCACAGAUUUCAUGAAGAACGGAAGCAGCGGGACGCACGUGACUCCCAGGCACGAGAGGUCGCGCGUAUACGACGAGCUCGCCUGUUGAGUCGGCACGUUCAAAAGUUCUGGGAGUCACUCUUCCAUAUGAUGAUAUGGGAACAGCAGGCACAGGACGAGCGCCUUGCAAAGCGCAAACGACAACGGGCUUUGGAUUCCCUUGUUCACCAGACUGAAGACUACGUCAAGGUCCUGGCAGAAGAACUAGCGACUUGUGACUCGGAACAGAUGGUUGUGGAUGGAGAGCCAUAUUCUACCGCGGAACUUGCGACAGGAAGGGAAUCGGAUCGGGCAUCGCAAACGCAGCUCCCGGAGAUAACCGCAGAUACCGCAGCGAAUGGAACGAUACGCGAGUCGGAUACGCAGUCUCUGAUGCCGCGCGCUACCAACGAAGUGCACUUGUCGACGAGCCGAGCACGAAGGCCACUUCCUGGUUGCUUGAUGAGCAGCGCGGACGCAUCAGUUGAUGAUGUUGGUACUGGCGGUUACGGAACGCAGCGACAAAUUGGAUCGAUGCCAGGGACUGCGGAUUCGGUCUACUCCAGUGCGCAGCGACUGGGAGACGCCUCGCCCGAAGAUCGUGGUGAUGGUGAUGGCGGUACAGCACUGCUACCAACGAAACCGGAAGUAGCUGCGAACAUGUCCGAAAGGUUGCCAAAUACAUCGCUGGGAGCAGCCGCUGCACCCGAUGUUGAAGAGCAUUCGGGAAACGCAACCCAGACCAGCUGUGCUGCACUGUCCACGAAAGAGGCACUUGAGCGGCCGGCAUCGUUCCGCUCCGUGGACGACGCUUUGCGUAUUCUCUUUCGAGGCCGCUUGCGCCCCUAUCAACACGCCGGCCUACAAUGGCUCAUUGCCUUGAACGAGAAGGGUCUCAAUGGUAUGCUGGCAGACGACAUGGGCCUGGGCAAGACCAUCCAGACAAUAGCGCUGUUGGCUUGGCUGGCAACUGCAAAACAGGACUGGGGUCCGCAUCUGAUCGUGGUACCCACCUCUGUGGUCAUGAAUUGGAACAUUGAAUUCAAAAAGUUCGCCCCAGGCCUCAAGGUGCUUUGUUAUUUCGGGACGCCCACCGAACGAGCUGCCAAGCGCCGCGGCUGGACCAAACCCAAUGCUUUCCACGUUUGUGUCACGUCUUACCACAUGGUGGUGCAGGACGCCACCGUCUUUCGUCGACAGCAAUGGAGCUAUCUCGUGCUCGAUGAAGCGCAACACAUCAAGAACUUUCAGAGCCAAAAAUGGCAGACAUUGCUCACCUUCCAUUCGCGGCAUCGUUUACUGCUGACCGGAACGCCGCUGCAGAACUCGCUGAUAGAAUUGUGGUCGCUGUUACAUUUCCUCAUGCCAAAUGUUUUCCAAAGCCAUAGCGAAUUCCGGGAGUGGUUUCAGGAACCUAUCGAGACGCUCAUUCAAGCCGAUGCAAGCGUCCAGGAGAGCAUGGUUGAACGUCUGCACCGCGUUAUUCGUCCCUUUGUGCUUCGACGCCUGAAGCGCGACGUGGAGCGUGAGCUGCCCCCGAAAACCGAGGAAAUUGUCUGGUGUUCACUAAGCAAACGGCAACGAGAGCUCUACGAUGACUUUAUGAGUCGAGCAGCUACGCGGGAGAAGCUACUCAGCGGAAAUUACCUGUCUGUGAUGAAUGUGCUCAUCCAGCUGCGCAAGGUUUGUAACCAUCCGGACUUGUUUGCAGGGCGACCCAUCGACGAGCCCUACGCAAGUCAACGACCGCUGACGAUCUUCAUUCCGCACAUCAUACGAGCAGAAGCAGCGUCUGAGACGGCGCAGCGCCGGGCACCCCGCCUCGUCGAUGAAUCCAUGUCUCGCGAGGACGCUGCUCGGAUACGAGCCCUUACCGCCGCCGCGCGAAUGCUCGCAGAGACUUCAGCGUGUCCGACGACAUGCUCCGAUUCGCAGGCCAUAUCGCGGGCAUCGUUUGCGAGUCUCCUAGCUCGGAUCGACAGAGCCGAGCAAACGGAACGCAACCAGUUGCGUCUGGUAUCAUGUAGUCGACGCAUCGCGGAGCCAGUUAUAGGGGCGAGUAUUCGGCAACUCGUGCGGGUGCCUUUGCGCUCAGCACCUGCGCUGCAUCCAGUGGCCACGCUGGAGCGCCUUGUUGACCGAGCGUUAGCGCAGGCGUUGCCGUUUACGCUGGUGGUGCAUCGCGCGAUCGCACCGGUGCCGCAGCUCGUAAGCAAGGCAGCUUUUCGUUACCAGAGACGAACAGCUUGUGGGACCACAUCACCGCCUCUAGCGUAUUUGUUCGGUUUGUGGCGACCGUUGGCGAUUCGUCAGCAACUGCGCUUCCCGGAUGCGCGGCUGCUGCAGUGGGACUGCGGGAAACUCCAGCGCCUUGCUGUCCUGUUGAGAGAACUGGAACAAAAAGGGCAUCGAGUGCUCAUAUUUACUCAAAUGGUACGAAUGCUCGAUAUUCUUGAACAAUUUCUCUGCCUGCAUCGCUUUGCCUACAUUCGCAUGGACGGGAGCACGCCCACGGGUUUGCGUCUACGCCUCUGUGAGCGUUUCAACAACGAUCGGCGCUAUCUGGUGUUUCUCUCCACUACGCGUAGCGGAGGUGUCGGCUUGAACCUCACCGGUGCCGAUACGGUGCUCUUCUACGACUCGGACUGGAACCCCACGGUUGAUGCGCAGGCCCAAGACCGCUGUCAUCGCAUCGGACAGGAUCGGCCGGUGCGAAUCUACCGGCUCGUGACGGAAGGCACCGUGGAGGCUCCGAUACUUCGUCGAGCGCUGCAGAAGCAACGCCUGGAACAACUGGUACUCGCGGAUGGUCUCUUCACGACCGAGGUAUUGCAGCGGGUCCAUCCACUGGAACUGAUCGAGGGAGGUCCGGCGCCGCCUCCUGUGCACCCGAAUCCAUACGGAGGACUGGAGGCGUGCGGCCUCACCGAGCAGGAGUACAUACAGCUAGAGCGCACGAUACUCGAGGCUGAGGACGACGAGGAGCGACGGAUGCGCCAGGCCAUGGAGUUGGCAGCGUCUGCUGACGCCAGUCUGGAUGCAGUGGACUUUGCCGAAACGCCCGCCAUGGCCGCUACUCGUACGGACAAGCCCGCUGGGGACACUUCGACCUGGUGGCCUGUUUGGCACACUGCGUGGCGAAUCGCGCAGCAUCUCGGAGGACCUGUGGCAGCAGCAGCAGCAGUAGCAUGGGAUACAAGGCAGGCACCGGAACGUGUUGCCAACACGAACGACUCCAACCUCGACGAAGGUGCUGCAAACACAUCUUUGAAUGAUGAAGCCGAUCAGAACAGUGCAGCGCUACCUUUGGUGUAUCCACCUGUUCCGGAUCCGAACAGUUCGGGAACAAAAAACGGAUCCGGGGGUCUCGACUGGCGGCGUACGACUCGCGCGUACCAUAGCGAGAAGCGUAGCGGCGACACGGCGGCGGCGCUGGUGAUGGUGUACGGGCCGCCCGUCGAGACCCCCGUUGAUUUGAUCCUCGACCCCGAGGCUGGCACCGAAGACGCGGCGUUUUUUAUUCACUGCUAUUGGCGAAUGGCGCAUUCUGGAGCCCCAACUGCGCUCCAGCGCGGACGAGUAAGUGACGUGCAGCAAAUCGCUUCGCAUCUGCGCAACGACGACGCAUUUGUCGAUUCAUUGACUGCUGGCUUGGGGGCAGCAGCAGCAACAACAACAACAACAACAACUACGACUACUACACGAGUACCUGUUGCAGAAGCGCGUAACGCUGUCGAUCGCAUUCGGGCCCCCGAGGCGACUGCGACUGCCAAAUCCGGAGCUCGUGCCGACUCGAGUACCAUGCGGACAUUGCCGCUAGGCCCAACACGCCAGGUCUAUGUGAACCUACAGGCCUGGUUACGUCAUCGAGUGCAGUGGUCGUUCCAGGAAGAUGCCGCGCUGCUCCAGGCGUGGCAGCGCUACGGCUCCAAUCCUCGACUGUUGGGGGAUAUCCUCCAUGCGCAAGCAAGCGUCCGUCUUGGUCUAUUGCACCGUCGUACGGUCAGAGAGAUUGAGGAGCGGCUGCAGCUCUUGCUUGCGAAGAAGAUUACAGAACCGAGUGCCUUAGCGCAGUGGCAUGAGGCCGUCUCGCAGACGCGAGCGACCUCGAUGCGAAAACACCAUCGUCGCUCGAUUCAGCUGGCCCAGCGUCGCGUGCUGGGCAUGCGAGCUCGCUUGGACACCAAGCGAGUGCUCCGAACGUCACGCGGGGACGCUGGAAACAACGCUUUUCUGGACCCGGACAGGGCACGCGAGGCAUCCCCGCGAACGGUGACAGCAGACCGCGCAGCAGCGAAACGCGACGCUCUUCCAAAGCGUACGCAAACAAACGAGGGAGCCCGAACCCCCGCUGAUGCUGUUCCUGGAGCGGUGGCACCAGCUCCUGCCCAAGUCAUGGAUCCGCGAGUGUUGGUUCCACCGCCGGGCACCAGCGGCUGCGGCACUGCAGAGGCAACGGCCGCUGGGAGCCUUGUCCAUCGCCCGGGGGUGAAACUCGAAGAGGAACUUCGUCGGAGGCGUCCUUUUCGUCGCUACAUUGCCAGACUGGGUCCGCUGCUUGGUUUCGAGUUGCGAACCUCGAAUCGGGGCCUCGACAACGACUAA